AUGGCGAACUGCAGUAACUAUACUGAGAUGGAUCAGAACAUCAUCAUUUUUGAACUAAUUCUCUGCAUCCCGUUGUUCUUUCUUGGACUUAUAUUUAAUACAGUUGCAUUGUGGGUGUUCUACUUCAAACUGAGCAGAUGGACAGAGACCAGAUUUUACAUGAUCAGUUUAGCCAUGGCUGACUAUGCUACAGUGUUUACCUUACCAUUUAUUAUGGUUUUUCACUAUCAGGGAUGGCGUGAAGAUGUCUUUUGCCUUGUCAUAGAGGCAAUCUAUUUUAUCAACAUGCCAAUAAGCAUCUACACCAUCACCUUCAUAGCAGUAGACAGAUACAUUGCAAUCAAGCAUCCACUGAAAGCCAAAGUUCUAAGGUCUCCGAGGAAGGCUGCCAUCAGCUGCUUGUUUCUUUGGCUGUGUUGCUUGGCUUGGAUGAUCACGUUUGGCAUCUGGGUUCCAAAAAAUGAACAAAGGUAUUGUUUUUAUAAAAAUCCUGAGAACAAUUUUAUUUUCAUGCCAAUAGUAACAGUUGUCUUUUUGUUCAUACCAAUAGUAAUCUUGACAUUUUGUUCCACACAAAUAAUCAAAUGCCUCAAGGAGAAACAGAACGCUAGUUUACAGGAAGAAAAAUUAACUUGGAAAGCAAUCUGUAUUGUUGCAGUGAACAUGGGCACAUUCAUCAUAUGCUUUCUGCCUUUUAAUAUCAGUUCACUGGUUGCAUUUGCAAUGGAUGCAGCAGGAGAUGAAUGCUGGCAGCAUCAAGCUUUGAGCAAAACCAUGCAUGUGACAGCAUGCAUACAAAAUCUGAACUGCUGCUUGGAUGCCAUUUGCUAUUACUUUGUUGCCAAGGAAUUUCAGGAAGCUAUAUCUUUUAAGUCAAUGCAUUCUAAUCCCAACAUAUCUCAAGAUUCCCAGCUGCCUACCAAAAACAGCAAGAUAAUUUCAGGAUGCAUGUAA